UCUUUGUUUCCAAAACUAGCCACGUGAUGUCAACGUGAAGACUGAAACUUGGACCUGGAAAAUCAAAUAUUUGAAGGGAUGCAGUCCUUUCAAUCAUUAGCUGCCAGCAAUGACAAACGAUGGUGUGCUUGACAAACCUCAUUUGAUUAAACCAGCAAUGCAACUAUAGUUGCCACAAACACAUCCACCGCCACCACGAUGAGCCGCAAUUCUCAAGUGUCUCAAUUUUCCUUUUCUCCUCCCUCUGCGUUCUCUGAUGCCGCAGGAACAAUUACACAAGGGGAUGAAAGCUCUCCACGCUGCCAGACGUUUAUUUGGAUGGAUGAGGACAAAGUCCAGCCCAGGGCGGCAGAGCCCCUCAAGCCUUUCAUAAGUGAAAACGGUGGUAAAGUAGACCGUAACAAGAGUGUGACAGUGUACAGUGUGACCCAGACCCCACCCUGGUACUUGUUAGUCUUCCUGGCCUUUCAGCAUUACCUGACGGCAUUUGGCAGCAACAUCGCCAUCCCGCUUAUCUUGGCGGACAGCCUGUGUUUGCAGCACGACGGAUUGACCCAGAGUCACCUGAUCAACACAAUCUUCUUCGUCUCUGGGCUGUGCACCAUUCUGCAGGUCACCUUUGGCAUUAGGCUUCCCAUCCUGCAGGGGGGCACGUUUGCCUUACUCACUCCAGCAUUGGCCAUGUUGUCCAUACCCGAAUUCCAGUGUCCCUCUUGGACCAAAAAUGCCACCCUGGUGAACACGUCCUCGCCCGUUUUCAUCGAAGUGUGGCGGACCCGACUGACAACACUGCAAGGCUCCAUCAUGGUGGCUUCCCUCCUGCAGAUCGUAGUGGGAUUCUCUGGCCUCGUCGGCUUCCUGAUGCGCUUUGUCGGCCCUCUCACCAUCGCGCCCACCAUCUCGCUCAUCGGUCUGUCCAUGUUCGACGCGGCUGGAGUCCGGGCCGGCAGCCACUGGGGAAUCUCAGCCAUGACCACAGCCUUGAUCAUCCUGUUCUCCCAGUACUUGCGAUUCAUCGAGCUGCCCAUUCCUGCAUACAGUAAGGCCAAGAAGCUGCACACCAAAAGGUUCUACAUUUUCCAGAUGAUGCCCAUUCUGCUGGGCAUUGCGGUCUCCUGGUUAGUGUGCCACCUGCUCACCAUCUACGACGUGCUGCCAUCUGAUCCGAACCAAUACGGACACCAGGCCCGGACUGACGUAAAGGAAGGCGUGGUUACCCAGGCUUCUUGGUUUGUCCUGCCUUAUCCGGGCCAGUGGGGCACCCCGGCAGUGAACCUGGCAGGCAUUAUUGGCAUGAUGGCGGGAAUCGUGUGCUCCAUGGCAGAGUCGGUGGGCGACUAUCAUGCGUGCGCCAAGCUCUCAGGGGCGCCGCCUCCGCCCAAGCACGCCAUCAACCGGGGAAUCGGCGUGGAAGGAAUUGGCAGCUUGUUGGCGGGGGCCUUUGGCACCGGGAACGGCACCACCUCGUUCAGCGAGAACGUGGCUGCCCUGGGCAUCACCAAGGUGGGAAGUCGAAUGGUAAUUCUGCUCAGCGGAGUCGUGAUGAUCAUAAUGGGGGUCCUGGGUAAAAUCGGAGCCAUUUUCUCCACCAUUCCCAACCCUGUGAUUGGAGGGAUGUUCCUGAUCAUGUUUGGGGUCAUCGCUGCGACGGGAAUCUCUAACCUACAGUCAACAGAUAUGAAUUCCUCCAGGAACAACUUUGUGUUCGGUUUCUCCUUGUUUUCUGGGCUAGUCAUUCCCAACUGGAUCAACAAGAAUCCAAAUGUCUUGGUCACGGGCCAAAGUGAAGUGGAUGCGGUGUUGCAGAUCCUAUUUACAACUCCGAUGUUUGUCGGAGGCUUCCUGGGGUUCUUCCUGGACAACACCAUUCCUGGUACCAAAAGCGAGCGUGGACUGUUCGUCACGGACGAAACGCAGCCGGAGGCCUCUGCUACCUUGGAAACCGACGACAUUUACAACCUCCCCUUUGGCAUCACAAGGUGUCUGUCGUCACUGCCUUGGGUUCGCAAAAUUCCGUUCUGCCCGGGGGGAGAGCAAACGCCUCUCUGCAAGUCAGACAAAGGCAUACCAUAGAAGGCAGGCCACAUCCGUUACUUUUUAUACUCUUAUCUUCGGGUUUGCCUAUAACGUACAUUACAGCUUGAUAUACCGCGACUUGUCAUUGAGAGUGGCAAAGAUUCUGCUUCGGUGACUUGACCUCUACAGUUUAGCCAUGCCUGGUCCUUUUUGGUCUAGGAAAAUCUAAACCAAAGCUAUGGUUCACUCAAAUGUUCUGCAAUUUGUAUACUCGAGUGUUUUUUGGAACAUAUCUUUAAUUUUACGCUUGAUCACUCACAGAAAAAUGGUUAGCGUGCUACGUUCUAUGCUGUUACCUACAAUGGUUCGACUGCUCCAAACUGUCCUUGAGGUUCAAUAAGUCCCACUUUGCACCUUUGACAUUUGUAUAUGUUGGGGAUCUACUUUGUUUUAUUGUUGUCUCUUUUUUUUUGUCCUUUUGUGGUAUUGCUGCUUCUUUUGCAUAAAUUAUAUCAUAUCCGUCUAUUUUUCUGGCAAGACAAUAUGUGGCUAGCGAUAAUGUUUUUAUCGCUGCAUUCAUUCAGUCUUGAUUAUAUUGCCUGAUAAAUUCCAUGAGAGAUAACAGUCUGUGUGAAAUAAAUAACGUGGACAGAU